UCUGGGCCCCUGCUCAGUGUGUUGUUUGUUGUGCUGGCGGGCAAAAAGGAGUCUCUCUCGCCGCUCGAGAGCGUCACGACGGGUCGGAAAAUUAUCGAUCGGCCAACAGCCAGCCAGCCGCAGCUGGGCCGACGCGAGGGCGUGGUGCUUCGGCCGCCGACGUCCCUUCCGCAGAUGACUGUGUGGACGGUGUAGCCACCUGAAGAUCCAAUAUGGCGGAGUCAGGCGUAGGUGCCUGCCUGGCGGGCAGCGAUAGUGGUGUAGAGUACGCGGGCGGCGCCUCGUGCGACUCCAGCCUGCUUAGUUUCUCCGGCGACCUGGCGCUGCAUUGCACCAUGGAGGGCAAGAGCAGCCCUGGCAGCCUGUCGCCGAGCCUGCCCAGUCCAGGGUGCCAUUCUUCGCUCUCCUCAUCCCUCAGUGCCCCAAAGCUGAUGACCACCUCGCUCAACAGCGCCCUCAAGACCAAACGCUCCGAAACCAAGGCGUCUAGCUGCAAGGGUACGAGUUCCCGGCGGUCCGAGCCGCGCAGCGUGUCGCAGAGCCGGAUUCCGCCGGCGCUGGACGACGGUCGGUGGCCGUCGGUGAACAGCAAGGCGUCCCGCCGCUCGGCAGGACCCCCGAGCAACACGGAGCGGCGUUCGUUGGCGCGUCACGAGCGUCAGCAGACUCCGCAGGCAUCCUCCACGACGAGCACGACCUGCUCCAGUUCGGCCGCAGCGUACGCCACCCUGCCGCGGAAGACGCGACACGUGAAGGUGGCGGUGCCUGACAGCGGGCCCAGGUCGCUGAUCGGCCUCCCCUCCCCCGCAAGCAGGGAGCCCAGCCUCAACAGGGCGGCCAGCCUGCGUAGACAGAGGAAUGCAGUCCACCUGCCAGGGAGCAGCAGCAGCGGCUACAGGUCGGACGCAGAAGACGUGUCGGGCUCGUCGGUGCGAUCCAAGAGCCUCACCCGAACGUUGCCCACGUUCCCCGCGCGCAGGAAAAGGCCCUCCACCUGCAAGGACGCCGCCGCCCAGACCGUCAGGGCCGAUCCCAAGAGCCCAGAGGAGAUGGAGGAGCAGCUGUUGCAGCUGACCGCGGAGCAGGACCGGCUGUCCCGCGAGGUGGACGUCAGUAUUAAGAGCCUGCUGAAGGAAAAGGAGACGCGGAUGAAGCUGCAGGAGGAAGUGGACGCGGUAAACACACGCAUGCUGCAAAUGCUCGGCCGAGACUCCACAGAUGGAGCCGUGCCAGAUAACGUGAUUUCCGAGGUGGAAUCCCGACUGAGAGCGACUGAAGAGGUCGCAGCCAAGAACCACAAGGAACUGCUGAAAGCACAAAAAGCUCAGAGGACUUUGACUGAGGACUUUGAAAAGGCCAGAGAGGCAGUAUCUCUGUCCAAACAGCAAUAUUUAGACUUGCAAGAGGAGUCCAACGAGCUCAUCGACUUCCUGACUGCCGAAAAAAGCACUUUGGCCGAGUCCCUGAAAGAAGCCGAGGAAAAAAUUGUCAAUCUUAUUGCACAAAUUGAGAGCAAAGACAAAGAUAUCGAGCGGCAGAAGGAUGAAUGCCGGCAUUUAGUCAAACUUAGCGAGCAAAGAAGGCAGGAAAUCGCCGCCCUGCAGGCGAAACUGCAGUUUAGCGAGCGUCUGCUGGUGUCCCAAGGAGGAACGACCACCGCCGCCUCGGUGGCACUCGACGAGCUGUGCUCGCGGCUGGAAAGCCUGCUGCCGGCCUCGACCAAGGCGGCCAUGGAGCCUCAGGCGGCCGACAGCUCGGCUCCGACAGCUGAGGCGGCGGCCAGCGACGAGCAGCGGCCGUUGGUGGGCAGCGAGUCGCUGCAGGACCUGACGCAGGCCAUCAUUUCGUGCCAGUCGAGUCUGGAGGCGCGCCCUGAGGCCGGUCAGGACGCCAUGCACAGCCCCACCCUGACGGACCAGGCAACCGAGCUGGACAAGCUCGUGUCCAAGGUCAUCCUCACAUUCCAGAGCGUAAUCAAACAGAGGGAGCUGAGCGAGGAAGAGGCCGAACGGCUCAGGUUGAAGUUUGAGUCUGAGAAGAAGGCCCUGAUGGAAGCUAACCUGCAGCUAGAGGAGAAACAGCACAAAAUGCACCAAUUGGAGGCGGCCCAGAGGCUUCUCCAGCAAACCAGCUCGGACGAGAUUUCCGCUCUGAAAACCCUGCUGAGCGAAAAAGAAGCUCAGCUAGCGCUGAAAACAAAGGAAGGCAGCAGCGCCGCCCUUCUUGCCAACUGGAAAGUGGCCGCUGAGGAGCUCAACCGACAGUAUUUGGCCAUCGACAAAGCGCUUGAUGUGCUGCACAACGAACAGGAGUUCGUGAACCAAAACCCGGCGCUGGCGCAGCUGCAGGCCGACCUGGAGGAGACCAACUUCCGAUGCGUCACCCUGCCGGCCCUGGUGCCCGAGGAGCUGAUCAUGAACGGCCUGAACAAGCAGCUGGAAGCAGCGGGAAAGCUGUCGCCGCCGGUGCACGUCGUGCCCGGCGCCGUCAACGGAACCAUUUCCACUUAAAUUAAUUCCGACCGUAGAACAUAAUAUCCCUCUGUAUACACAAGCACGAAUGCUAGGUUUUAAUCCAAUUUAUCGAGCUUGAGACUUUUGAGACAGACGUACGUACGUGUGCAGCGCUGCACCAGAAAUUUUAACCUCUCGGCCACUUUUUACAAUAGUGACCAUAGCUUUUAAUUCAAAAGCGACACUCGUGACAGUAUUAUUUAUUGUGAACCGGCACUGUUUUAAUUGAAAUUAAUCAAAUUAAUCUAAACAGACCAGUAAAAAAUGUGUAUGAUAACUCUAGGCUAUGAAAAUAAACUUUUAAAAUAUUUCCUCGA